UGACGCUUCGGAUGUCAGUUUCAGAAGUUGCCACGAAAGCAGAGCGGGAUGAUGUGGAAGUUGGUGUGCGUGUUUCUGACCUUGCAGCUCGGUUCGUGGUCAGUGUGGGCCGGAGCAGAUGAGCUGGACGACCAGGUCAAGAUCGAAGUUCUGGUCAAGCCCGAGGAGUGCAGCAGAAAGAGCAAGAAAGGAGAUCUGAUCAACGCUCAUUACGAUGGCUUCCUGGCUAAAGAUGGUUCCCAGUUCUACUGCAGCCGGUCGGACAAAGAGGGCCAUCCACAGUGGUUCGUUCUGGGUGUGGGACAGGUCAUCAAAGGCCUUGACAUCGGGAUGAUGGACAUGUGCGCUGGAGAGAAGAGGAAGCUUACGGUUCCAUCAGCUCUGGCAUUCGGUCAAACAGGAAAAGGUCCGGUGCCUCCAAACGCCACCGUGGUCUUUGAGGUGGAGGUGCUCUCUGUGUCCAGGGGGCCUCGCAGCAUGGAGGCUUUUGGACAGAUAGACCUGGAUAAGGACAGAAGUCUCACAAAAGCUGAGGUGAAAGAAUACCUGAAGCUGGAGUACGAAAAGGGCGGGAAGCCUCGGGACGAGCCGUUCUACGAGAAGAUCCUCACCGACAUCUUCUGGAAGAGCGACCAGGACCGAGACGGACAGAUCAGCGCGAAGGAGUAUAAUAUUUAUGAACGGGAUGAGCUUUAGUUGCUUUUUAUUUGUUGCCUUGUUGUUUUUGGGGAAACAGGAAGAAGUGAAACUAAAUGGGAAUAUCAACCACAGGAGCUCCAUCAGUCAGUCUGUUUUUAUGUGUUAAACCACGUCUUCCUUUUCACUUUUUUACAUUUUUUAAAAUCUUUCGUGUUACUUACAAAUUUAGAUGCAGAGAAAAAUAACUGUGGUUUUACUGUUUUGGAUCAGAUCCAGAAACGGUGCCGUUAGUUCUACAAAGGGAAAGCAGGAACCCAUGUAAACCUUUACUGUGUGACUGAAUCAGAGCAGAACAAAGACUGAACCACGAGGCUGCAGAGGGAGAUGGUGUGGGCUUCUGUGGAAAUAUACCAUGACUGUCAUGUGUCAGAGGUCAUUCUGGGCUCCUGGUCCUCUAAUCUGUCUGGACCGGCCCACAGACAGAACAUUUUAUUAGAAACCACUUUUAGGCUGGAUUUACAAAAUAAAACAGUGGGACAAAU